AUGGUACCCUCGGUGGUGUUCUGGGGACUUGUCACCCUCAUUGGCACUUCCAGGGGCUCAUAUCCACUCACUCAUUCCAUGAACCCUCAUCUGUACCCUCGACAUUACCAUGGCUGCUACGGAGACAUCAUGACCAUAGAGACUUUUGGGGCCCCCUGUGACAUAAACAAUCUGGUGAACUGUGGGAUCCACGGUUCGGAAAUGUUUGCCGAGAUGGACUUGAAAGCCAUAAAGCCUUACCGUAUCCUCAUCAAAGAAGUGGGACAGAGAUACUGCAUCGACCCAGCGAUCAUCGCAGCCAUCAUCUCCCGAGAAAGCCAUGGUGGAGUUGUCCUGCAAAAUGGCUGGGACCAUAGUGGACAGAGAUUCGGCUUGAUGCAGCUUGAUAAAGCGCACCAUCCUAUUGGUACCUGGGACAGCAAAGAACACCUUCUACAGUCCGUUGGGAUUCUAGCAGAAAAAAUUAAGGCAAUCCAGAGAAAGUUUCCCACAUGGAAUCCUGUUCAGCACCUCAAAGGUGGCCUGACUGCUUUUAAGUCAGGAAUGGGAACCAUUGUCACCCCUGAAGACAUAGAAGUUGACUUAGUCGAUGAUGUCAUUGCCCGCGCCAAAUUCUAUAAAAGACAUGGCUUCUAG